AUGCCUCCCGCCGCUUCCCCAUCCCCUUCCCCUGCACCCUCCUCAACAUUCUCCACCACCCCAACUCUCCUCCAUGCAUCCUCCUCAUCUCCGCCCUCUAAGCUCCCCAUCGACUUCUCCCCUCCCCUCAUCGCCAUGGUUGUCGUCGUCGCCACCGCUUUCUUAAUCGUCACCUACUCCCGCCUCCUAUCCCGCCACGUCAUCCCCCCGCUCAUCCGAUUCUCCCGCCACUGGCGCCGCCGCCGCCGCCGCUCCUACCUCCCCUCCUCCAUCGGCGACCUCGACUCCCCGCCCUACGACUCCUCCUCCUUCGACGCCUUCCACGUCUUCUCCCCCUACGGCCUCGACGAGUCGGUCAUUAAGACCAUCCCGCUCUCCCUCUACACCGCCAAGACCGGCCUCCGGAGCAAAGACUGCGCCGUCUGCUUGAUCGAGUUCGAAGACGACGAGUACGUUAGGACUCUUCCGGUUUGUUCGCACGCUUUUCACGUCGACUGCAUCGACAUGUGGCUCAGGUCCCACGCCAACUGUCCCCUCUGCCGCGCCGGAAUAUUCCGCCCGGAGUCUCCCUUCAUUCCUUUAAUGGCCGCCAGAAUCCGGCCGAGCCUCGACGACGCGCUUCUCCGCACCAUGGCGCUGGAGCCGCUCGCGGAAACUCCGCCGCGGGAGUCGGUCACGGCGGAGAUCACUCCCUGCGCGGAGGAGCAGUCGCCGCGGAGGACGUUCAGUUACUGGGAGGACCGACUCAACGGCGGAGAUUUCGUUCUCAAGCGGUCGCAUUCGUUCGGAUUCGAGCGGAGCUCCGCUUCGGAACGGAUGAUGGUGACGGAGCCGACGACGGCGUCGCCGUGGCGGUACAGGAGAGGCGGGAGCUUCUGGAGCAAGCGGCCGUCGCCGUUCGGGUCGCUGACGAAGCCACGUGUCUUCUCGUUCCGGUCCCACCGAGGCAUGAACAUGAAGUCGCCGUUCUUCCGGCGAAAGGGGUUCUUCCCGCUGUCGGAGUCAAGCGCGAGAUUCUCCACCGGCGGGGGAUCUUCCCGGCGGACGAAGUCGAUGACGAGCCCGAUGUUCAUGAGGUCGUCGGCGUUGACCGCGGCGGCUUUCUCGUCAAGCCGGCUGAGGUGCGGCGACCCCGAGGCGCUGCUGUCGCCGGAGCGGUUUAACAGAAGAUAG